AUGGCGUGGAUGAGUCCGCAUGCACACUCAGCUCACCACACGACCUCUCGCGCGCAAUCACCACCUCCCGGCCAUCCGCUACCCUGGACUACUCCGCCUCGUCGUAUCAUGAACCUCUUCCACAUCGUCGAACAUCCUAUCCGCACCACCACCACCUCCAUAAUAUGUAAUGAUUUGGCUGUGAUGGACUCAAUAGAUCUUGAUAAUCCACAGGAGAACAUUAAAGCUACCCAGCUCCUGGAGGGCCUGGUACAGGAGCUGCAGAAGAAGGCAGAGCACCAGGUGGGGGAAGAUGGGUUUCUGCUGAAGAUCAAGCUGGGGCACUACGCCACGCAGCUCCAGAACACGUACGACCGCUGUCCUAUGGAGCUGGUCCGUUGCAUCCGGCACAUUCUGUACAAUGAACAGAGGCUGGUCCGAGAAGCCAACAACGGCAACUCUCCAGUGGGAAGUCUUGCUGACGCCAUGUCCCAGAAGCACCUACAGAUCAACCAGACCUUUGAGGAGCUGCGACUGGUCACACAGGACACAGAGAACGAGCUAAAGAAGCUGCAGCAGACCCAAGAGUACUUCAUCAUCCAGUACCAGGAGAGCCUGAGGAUUCAAGCUCAGUUUGCCCAGCUGGCCCAGCUGAACCCCCAGGAGCGCCUGAGCCGGGAGACAGCCCUGCAGCAGAAGCAGGUGUCCCUGGAGGCCUGGCUGCAACGUGAGGCACAGACUCUGCAGCAGUACCGUGUGGAACUGGCCGAGAAGCACCAGAAGACCCUGCAGCUGCUGCGGAAGCAGCAGACCAUCAUCCUGGAUGAUGAGCUGAUCCAAUGGAAGCGACGGCAGCAGCUGGCUGGGAAUGGGGGCCCCCCCGAGGGCAGCCUGGACGUGCUGCAGUCCUGGUGUGAGAAGCUGGCUGAGAUCAUCUGGCAGAACCGGCAGCAGAUCCGCAGGGUUGAGCACCUCUGCCAGCAGCUGCCCAUCCCUGGCCCUGUGGAGGAGAUGCUGGCUGAGGUCAAUGCCACCAUCACAGACAUCAUCUCAGCCCUGGUGACCAGCACCUUCAUCAUCGAGAAGCAGCCCCCUCAGGUCCUGAAGACCCAGACCAAGUUCGCAGCCACCGUGCGCCUGCUGGUGGGAGGGAAGCUGAAUGUGCACAUGAACCCACCCCAGGUGAAGGCGACCAUCAUCAGUGAGCAGCAGGCCAAGUCCCUGCUCAAGAACGAGAACACCCGCAAUGAUUACAGUGGAGAGAUCUUGAACAAUUGCUGCGUCAUGGAGUACCACCAGGCCACAGGCACCCUCAGCGCCCACUUCAGAAACAUGUCCUUGAAACGAAUUAAGAGGUCUGACCGCCGUGGAGCAGAGUCAGUGACAGAAGAAAAAUUCACAAUCCUGUUUGAAUCACAAUUCAGUGUUGGUGGCAAUGAGCUGGUUUUCCAAGUCAAGACCCUGUCGCUCCCAGUAGUGGUGAUUGUUCACGGCAGCCAGGACAACAAUGCGACAGCCACCGUCCUCUGGGACAAUGCUUUUGCAGAGCCUGGCAGGGUGCCAUUUGCUGUGCCUGACAAAGUGCUGUGGCCACAGCUGUGUGAAGCACUCAACAUGAAAUUCAAGGCCGAAGUGCAGAGCACCCGGGGCCUGACCAAAGAGAACCUUGUGUUCCUGGCGCAGAAACUGUUCAACAGCAAUAGUACCCACCUCGAGGACUACAGCACCAUGUCUGUGUCCUGGUCCCAGUUCAACAGGGAGAAUUUGCCAGGACGGAAUUACACUUUCUGGCAGUGGUUUGACGGUGUGAUGGAAGUAUUAAAAAAACAUCUUAAGCCUCAUUGGAAUGAUGGGGCCAUUUUGGGUUUUGUGAACAAGCAACAAGCCCAUGACCUACUCAUUAAUAAGCCAGAUGGGACCUUCCUGCUGAGAUUCAGUGACUCGGAGAUCGGCGGCAUCACCAUUGCCUGGAAGUUUGAUUCUCAGGAAAGGAUGUUUUGGAAUCUGAUGCCUUUUACCACCAGAGACUUCUCCAUCCGGUCCCUGGCUGACCGUUUGGGGGACUUGAGUUACCUUAUAUACGUGUUUCCUGAUCGACCAAAAGAUGAAGUGUACUCCAAAUAUUACACACCAGUUCCAUGCGAGCCUGCCACUGCUAAAGCAGUGGACGGAUACGUGAAGCCACAGAUCAAGCAAGUGGUCCCUGAGUUUGUGAAUGCGUCUACAGAUGCUGGGGCUGGCGCCACGUACAUGGACCAGGCCCCCUCCCCAGCUGUGUGUCCCCAGGCCCAUUACAACAUGUACCCGCAGAACUCUGACUCCGUCCUUGAUACCGACGGGGACUUUGAUCUGGAAGACACAAUGGACGUGGCACGGCGUGUGGAAGAACUCUUAGGCCGGCCCAUGGACAGUCAGUGGAUCCCUCACGCACAGUCAUGACCCCCCCAGCCUCUCUACCAUCAGCUUCGUCCUCACUGGAGGAAUUAUUCUUGUGGAUGUUUUAAUUCCAUGAAUCGCUUCUCUUUGGAAACAGUGCGCAUAAUGUGAAGUGUUAAUACUAGCUGUGACUUUAGUGUCUCUGUGCGUGGUGGCACUGCACAUGGUGGUGUUUCUGCCCCUGGCUGUCCAGGCUGUAGCCACAGCACCAGGACCACAGACAGAGGCUCUGCUUGUUUUCACCUCGUGCAAAAAGGCAGUCAGUUCCACAGACCUUGGAACUUGGCCAUGUUUAUUAAGGGUGGCUGAACUUUGACAUGUGGCUUUUCAAGUAGGAGGACAAAGGGAGGAAAAGGCACCUCCUUUCUGGGGAGUAUUCAUCACUCUGCCAGGCAGUGGAUACAAACUGUCCUUGUCUCUGCUUCUGAAAUGUACAUGACUGCCUUUUGACAAAGCCAGUCCUCCUGGAUCACCUUUUCCCACCCCUUUGUGCAUGGGUGCAUUAGGAUAGGGAAGGGGGCAACAUGUGAAGAUUAUGGGGGCAAAGCAAGUCACAGAUUUUCAGAUGGGUAGUUGCUUUUUACAUAACACUUACCCAUCCUAACAUUCUCUCCAUGUCCUUCCCUUCCCUCUCCUCUCCUCUCCUCUCCUCCCUUCUCUCCUCUGCUCUCCUCAUCUCGCUGUAAUUGCCACUCAGUUCUUAUGUGUGUACACACAUGCUGACAUGUUUAACAAAACAGGAAAGAACAGAGGGCCACGUAACUGAGAGCAUGCAAUGUGGUGUCUUCUGUGCUCUGGGUGGAGUGGCAUGGUGCGCCUAGCCAGGCUCCCAAGUGCUGAGUAUGGCCUGGUUGCCAGGGCAGCUGCCCAUCUCCUUCCUCUGUACCCAUGGAGGCAUCAUCUGAGGCUUUCUAAAGGCUUGUUACUGAUAGUGGCUUUUUACAAAUGCCAAAUGGUAUUUUCAUUUCUAAAUUGUUUUUUGUUUUGUUUUUUUGUUUCCUCAUUUGCACCCAAAAUUGACAUAGAAUAUCUCUCUUCCUGCAUCAGGUCCUGGGUUAUUUGUACCCAGGUCACCUCUUUUCCUUUCCCUAUUGCACACCAUGUCUUAAGGAGGAGGUGACAGGAAUGUGGACUGCACUUGGUGCUGGCUUAUUCAGCAGGUGAUCACUUGGGUAACUGGGAAAUGCAGUCAACACACUUGCCAGGAAGUUUGUUAAACUAUAGAAACAAAACAAAAGCCUUCACAUGAUUUUGUUCCACAGUUUCCUCUGUAGCGUUCCACCAAAAGGAAGGAAGGGGCAGCAGCAGGCAGGUGGGAAGAGGGGGUGAGCUUAUGGGUUCAGCCAGCAAGGCCUCCCUCACUCCCUCUCCAGAACAAGGGCAGGACCACACCCAGAAGAGGGUGGCCUGAAAACUUAUUUUUAUACAUGUGAGUAAAUAAACAGGUAUUUUUUUUUUUUACAAAAGUAACUUCUGAAUUUAUCAGUGUUUUGCUGUUAAAGGAAAAUACUCCUGUCGUAAAUUAUUUAUUGGAAGGUAACUUUUUAAAAAGCUGCUGUUUGCCUUGGCUUGGUUUCAUACACUGAUUUAUUUUUGUGUGCCUGGUGGUAGGCUCUGCCUCAGGAGCACACUGACCCCUGCAUGGAAGAGGAGGCUAAGCCCUUUCUUUCCCCCUCAAGAUUUGAUUCAAAUUCCCACCGAGAAGGUGGGCGUGUGGGGGAAAGGCCUGACUGCUUGGGGGACACAGGUUUAAAGAACCCUUCCCUGCCUGUCAUUCAGAUGCUUUACCAGUGGCUGCAUCUGAAUGAUUGCCUCUUUGUCCCAGCAACCCUGGCAGGGGCAUGGGGCUUGACACACUUUCAGGGCCCGCAGAGGGCAGAGCAGCCUGGGAGUCCAGAGCAGCCCCAAGCUCACUCUGCAGUUGGCAGCAGGUUGGGGAGGAAGGGUGCCAAAGAGCAUGGCUUCUGCCCAGUUGCCCCCACUAACCUCAAUUUUAUUGAGGCUGUGCCUAGAGAUGGGAGAAGCUUUGGACUGGAAGGUGCACUCACUCUCUGCAUUCUGUUUUCUCUCUUUGCCCUGCUCCUGCAACCACAAGAAGAAGCAAGGCAAGUCCCACCCCCCCCACCUCUCACCUACUCCCAGACACACACAUACACACACAUACACACACACACACACACAGAGCCCUCAGCAUCUCAGUUCCGUGUGUGGUAUGAGGGGUGGAGGAGACUCAAAAGUGGAUAUCACUUACAAUGAAAGUAUACUUUUUAUAAUUUUUUCUUUUUAAAACUUUGUGAAAUUAUUUCAGAUACAUAUUUUAGUGUCAAGGCAGAUUAGUAUAUAGACACCUGAAAAAAGUAUUGUGUACAAUUUGGGGCAGUCAAAAAAUUGUGUAUUUUAUGUUAUAAUAAAGGUUUCCUCUGAUGGGACAAUAUCAAGUCCUCUUUUUAUUUCCUGCCAUCACGUGGCGAGGGAGGGUGGCUUUUAUGAGGAAAAGUUUCCAGUCAUCAGUGUGACCCUGAAAAAAGGGAACUAGUUGGGAAUCAACAGCCUUAGAGGGUGUGUCACUAGCUUUGAUGACAGACAGGGACAUUUCUUAUCUUCCUGCUCAUGUAAUGUUUGGAAAAUUAGAAUGAUGGUCACCUCUGAGCCUCCUCACACUCUUCCUGUUAGAAAUCCUGAACUUUAAAUUCAGUGCAUUUAGAUGGCUCCCCAGAGCCUGGAGCUGCAUGUGGGAAGAGAGAGAGUUCCUGCCCUGGGGAGGCUCCCAUGGGGGAACCUGCUAUGUAUUAUGGAUGUUGGUUCAUUGAGCACCAAAGGUAUCCCAAGGUCAUAAUCAAUACAAAAGAACUUGGAGGAAGGGCAUGAGCUGACUCUUAAAAGACAAAUUGGAGUUAAGAAAGGAGAAGGAGGCCAGGCAGACCAGAUGGCUUAAGCCUGUAAUCCUAGCUAUUUAGGAGGCAAAGAUCAAGAAGAUUGUGGGUCUAGGCCAGCUGGGCCAAAAGUUCAGGAGAUA